CAGAAGUUCAAAAAAGAAAAGUUCAUGCUUCAUUGGCUCACCUUGAAAAAAGAAUACUCAAUAAUCAUAAUGUUCCUAUAAAAGAACUUAGUUCUACAUUACAUCUGGCGGCUGGCUUAUUAGUUGCAUUUUCAAAGCUUGAAGAAGAGCUUGUUCAUUUCAUUGUAUGGAUUCCUGUGUAUUUAUUUUCACCCGAAUCCAUUAAAUUGGGUACUGAAGUAUGGAAUUGGAUAAUAAAUGAAAAACCUACAUUCGAGCAGAGAGUUAUGGUUGAAAUUGCAGACGGAUGGUCUUGGACUGUACGACAUCGCAAGGGCCUAUUCUCUUCUGCACUCAAGGAUAAGAAUUAUAAACUUGCUAAAGAUUUAUUUGAACCACAUUUAGUCUGGAUUCAAUUUUUAUCUGGUCGGUUCCAAGCAUUCCGAUAUAGAAGUAAUGAACUG